GAAAGCUCUAUGCUGUUGGGGGUUACGAUGGGGCUUCCCGCCAGUGCCUGAGCACCGUGGAGCAGUACAACCCAGCGACCAAUGAGUGGACGUACGUGGCGGACAUGAGCACCCGCCGCAGUGGCGCAGGGGUUGGGGUUCUCAGCGGACAGCUGUAUGCCACAGGUGGGCACGAUGGGCCCUUGGUGAGGAAGAGCGUUGAGGUUUAUGAUCCUGGAACAAACACCUGGAAGCAGGUGGCAGACAUGAACAUGUGCCGACGCAAUGCAGGGGUCUGUGCAGUGAAUGGGCUCCUCUAUGUGGUUGGAGGGGAUGAUGGAUCCUGCAACCUGGCUUCGGUGGAGUACUACAAUCCUGCCACUGACAAAUGGACGCUGCUGCCAACCAACAUGAGCACGGGGCGGAGCUACGCAG